CCCAGAUCACAAGCCCAGCGGUUCCUCACCACGCACUUUUUAAACCAGAGCUUGAUUUUCAAACUACGCAGAAUUAACGGAAACCGUGCGACGUCGGACAACUUCGCCUAUUAAUUUCGUCUUUUUUUUUUUUUUUUUUAGCUGGCUGAAUAAUUAUUGUUUGUGUCCGAGAUGUUGCUCCUCGCUGCCGCUCUGCCGGUGCUCGCCACGGUUUUCUCCGCUUGUCAGGUGAGUGCAAACGAAGACUGUUUGUGGUAUGUGGAUAAAAAUGGCACCUGGCACAACGGCUUCGACUGCCCCCUCAUCUCCUUCUGCUGCGGGAACUGCCACCGACGUUACUGCUGCCUGGACCCGCUCAAGAUGAUCCUCGAGAGAGAGCAGAAGCGCUGCAUGCUGUUCCACUUCAGCCCCACCACCAUUGCGGGAAUCGCGUCCUCCAUCUUGCUGUUUGUGGCCAUCAUCGCCACCAUCGUGUGCUGCUUCAUGUGUUCCUGCUGUUACCUGUACCAGCGCCGGCUCCGGGGCAGGUCGCCCUAUCAGGCUCAGCAGAUUCCCAUGGCCAGCUACCCUGUGGACCCCAUGUACGACGCCUACGGCAAACCAAUCGGGCCGCACCACGUCUACCCCGUGGCCCCUCAGUUCCACCCCGGCAUGGCCCAGGGCCCGUACCCCCCCUACCCCCAUGUGGACCCUGGGUACCCUCACGGAGCACCGCCCCCCUACUCCCCGCCCCAGUACCCCGGCGCCUGAGGGAGCGGCGGCCGGACGGAGGGAAGAGGCGGAGAGCGGGAGAGAGGGGGGGAGAGAGGGAGGGAGAGAGGGACUGCACGAGGAAGAGGCCACUUUCGCCACACGUUCUGUUGUUUUUCCUCAACCUGUUAACAGAGUAAGUGCUAACCACACCGUUGCUUUGGCUAAUGCGGCUGACCUCAAAUUGGAGUUUGGCUCGGUUUCCUGGAUGCUAUUCCCAUUUCCUGGAUGCUAUUCCCGUUACCUGGACGGUAUUCCCGUUUCCUGGACAAUAUUCCCGUUUCCUGGACGAUAUUCCCAUUGACAGUUGUCAACUGUACUGUGAUGGCAUUUGCCCAGGGAGUGAAGAGGCUUGUCUGUCACGUCAACACAGGUUUUUCCUCACGUAUGUCAGGAUGACUGGUGUCUAUGCACUCACUGACCUUUUAGAACGGGGAUAAGCUACCCUUGUUUUAUUUCUCUCUCACUCUGUCUCUAUCCUUCUCUCUCCCUCUCCCUCCCUCUCCCUCUCUCUCUCUCUCUCUCCCAUUCACUCUCUGUCUCUACUUUAAUUCUGUCUUCCAUAGUUGAAGCUAAUAUUAACAAUCGCUAAUAUCUGUAGCCAGAAAAUGGCUUUGGUAGUACAAAGGCUGUAACAGACCGGGUGACAGAAUGAUUUUGCAACUUUUUUUGGACUGUACAGUCUUCUUAACAAGUUGGUGUUCAUUUUACGAUGAAGUACAAACUGUGUCUAACACAUGUAAAUAUCAGUUAAGUUAUUUUGGUCAUCAGUCUCCAUUUGGUUUGAAUGACUAUGAUCCUGUGUGUAAUUUAAGAAAUAAGAUUUCACUUGUCCAUAUUCUGUAGGUGUUGGAUAGACCUUAGAUAUGCAUGAGAGGGUUGUCCUGCAUUUUUCAGUGUCCCUAUUUAUGUUCUAUAAGUUACUCAAAAAUGUCUUCACUCUUUAUUUAGGAUCUUCUUUGAAUAGUUGGCGCAUUACAGGGUUGAAGGUGUGCGUGUGCGCGUUUGCAUGUGUGCUGAAGUGUCUGUGCAUUUGCGUGUGUGCAUGCAUGUGUGUGUGUAUGCGUGUGUAUGUGUGGAUGUGUGCAUGCAUGUGUGUGUCUAUGCGUGUGUAUGUGUGGAUGUGUGCAUGCAUGUGUGUGUGUAUGCGUGUAUGUGUGCAUGCAUGUGUGUGUGUGUGCGUGUGUAUGUGUGGAUGUGUGCAUGCAUGUGUGUGUGUAUGCGUGUAUGUGUGCAUGCAUGUGUGUGUGCAUGUGUGUGUGUGUGCGUGUGUGUAUGUGUGGAUGUGUGCAUGCAUGUGUGUGUGUGUGCGUGUGUAUGUGUGGAUGUGUGCAUGCAUGUGUGUGUGCAUGUGUGUUUUUCCAUGCUGUUUGUUGACACACGCUGCCCUGCCGGUGCUCUGGCUGUGCUGUUGUGUGAAGUGAGGGUGUGCCCUCUCCAUCUCUGCCUCCCUAUGGCACCAUUACCCCCCCCUGUAUGUCAGGAGGGUUACCGUGGUUACCUACAGCCAAUUAUAAAACAGAUUCAAAAACCAGACUGACUCAAUCUCGCCCUGCGUCUGGGACACAACCCCGUGACCCUCUGACCUGUGUGGGUGUAUGACUGUGGUGGAUCCGCUUGUGCCUUUCAGGUCUGGUCACUGUCCUUAUGUGUCCACAUCACACGAGCUCGUCUUUGAAGCCCAGUGCGGCCCUGGCUCACGUUCAUGGGAAACCAGCGUUUUCCUGUGACAUGACAACUUCAACCAGAGUCUAUGGACGUUUACAUCUACAUGUUAAUAUGAAAUACAGAAAGGUGAAUCCAGUGCGUUUAUCUAUUUAACAUUUAAUGGGUUUCGUGACCGUUCUAAUAAAGCUGUUGUUCUCUUUUUCUAAAAAUGCUGUAAAAUGUUAUUUAUAGUGUCUACGCGUCACAUGCCCUGUAACCUUCCUUGUGUUGCUUUUAAUGACCACUUCUGGUUUUAUUUCUGUAAACAUAAUAAAUGUCCCAGUAUCUGCCCCUCAGGUUCCUGGGACCUGGUGCUUUUACCCUCCAAAAACUACAUUACCUUCUCGACAAGGUGUUCCACUCUGUUCUGAAAGACUGCAAAGUGUAAUAUAACAUGACGUCCACAUUCAGGUUCAGCAGAUCAAUAACACUCUCUUUAAACAAAUAAAGUAAUAAAUGGCCUGUUUCUCUA